AAUCGGAGCGAGCCCGCAAACCGUUGCAGAUUGACGGUUAAGUCUUUGAAGUUCCCGCCAAAAAGUCAAAGGAUUCUCUGCAAUUUCGAAAUGGAUAAAAUCUUCCGGAAGACGAAUUUCUAUAGUUCAGCUCAUGAAUUACUCAAUUCCGCACUGAGAAGUCCUAAGUUUCUCACUCCGAUUUCCCUCUUUCACGGUUCCAACAAAACUCCAGCCUCAGAUUCGGAGUUGGAAUUCGAUUUUGAUAAGUUUGAACAUCGGUCUUCGAAACCCAUUUCUCGUAGAUGUCGGGUUUCUGAAGAACAGAUUGACCGCACUGAAAUCUCGAAGGCAAGGGAAUUGAAGGUUCAGAUAGACCCAUGGCCGGAGUGGGUGGACUUCAUGGAAUGUUUGUCGAAGAAAGGGUACUUUGAAGGAAACGGAAUACCGUUUCUGAAUGGUGAAUUGGGUAGAGAAUUCAAUCAUAUUAGAACUGCGUGCCUUGAUUUUGCAAGGGAUCGUUCUAAUCUUAUACGGUGCUUGUCCAGGAAAGAGUUACACAUGAUUGCAGGAUGUGGAUGCCCAAGCACAGAUAGGAAAGUUGUGAACUCAGGGAAGCGUCUCAGAGCACAUGUUAGCAUUGACGAGGGAAAUGUCUGCAGUCCUUGCAACCUGCGGGGAGAAUGUGAGAGGGCAUUUUCAAAGGCAUGUGGAGAUGGAGGGCGGACUGUGGAUGUCAUGCGUGUUUUGCUAUUUUACGGGCUUGAUCACAUUUCUGCUAUGGUGGAGAACAGACCUUGUCUGAACAAGAAUGCUAAUGACUCUGUUAGAAAGCUGUUGAAAGAAAUUGUUGACUACAGUGCAGCUGAACCUGAAUCUGAUCUUCUAAAGUCCAAUGAGGCUACUUCAACUGAAUAUUCGUCGGAUACACGGGAAAACCACGUCAUGGCUGCUUCAGCGACACGAGGCGAUUGGAACUGUCCGAAAUGCAGCUUCCUAAACUUUUCCAGAAACAUCAAGUGCUUGCGUUGUGGUAGUAUGGAUCUCGAGAGACUUUGGAAACUACACGAGGAUCAGGUCGAUCUUCCAUUGAAGAAGGGCGACUGGGUUUGCGACAAAUGCCAUUUCUUGAACUUUGCUAAGAAUUCUACGUGUUUGCAAUGCAAAGAGAAGCCCUCGAAUCGACAGCUCAAUCCGGGGGAGUGGGAAUGCGAAUCGUGCAACUACAUCAAUUUUAGAAAGAAUACGUUAUGCUUGAAGUGUGAUCAUCGACGGCCUAAAGCACUAAAUAGUCAGAAUGUUCCUUCUCGACCUUUGGUCGACAAUGGAAAUUACAGUUUCAGUAAGCCUGGAUCUUCCUUCGGUGAAGCUGGUGGUAAUGCCAGUGGACGAGAUGCAAGGAGGAAAGAUGUUGCUUCCCUGUGGAGAUUUGCUGAAAAUGAGGGUGAAGAAGCUGGCUUGGGAGAUUCUAGAUUUCUGGAUUUCCCAAUUGCUCAAGGCAAAACUGACUCACUAGAAAGAUGGAAGCAGGAGAUGUCAGAGAGGAGAAGAAGCAUAGAAGAUGCAACAGAGAAAGAAGAUGAUCUGAUCUUGAGGUCGGAUAAUAUCGAAAGACGAUUCGAGUUUGUCGAAUCUACUGACGACGACGAAGACAUCGUCAAAUGGUUUCGGCAUCACAAGCCAGAAACAGAAAAACUCUGGUUCCGACCGUCAAAAAUGGCUGACGAGCCCUCCAAGGUAGUUGUUCCUCGAAGCUUCAGAUUACUGGAAGAACUUGAGAGAGGUGAGAAAGGAAUUGGGGAUGGAACUGUCAGUUAUGGAAUGGACGCUGCUGAUGAUAUCUAUAUGUCUUCUUGGACAGGAACUAUUAUUGGGCCACCUAAUACUGUUCAUGAAGGACGCAUCUAUCAACUCAAGCUAGUCUGUGGACAGGAGUACCCUGAUAAUCCUCCAAAUGUUAGAUUUCAGACUCGGAUUAAUAUGACCUGUGUCAACCCAGAAACUGGGGUGGUUGAACCGAGCCUUUUCCCCAUGCUUGCUAAUUGGCAGAGGGAGCAUACAAUGGAGGACAUAUUAAUGCAAUUGAAGAAAGAAAUGACUUCUCCCCAGAACAGGAGGCUAAGUCAGCCUUCUGAAGGUAACGAAGAUGGACGAAUAGACCAAAAGGGGCAAGUGUUGAAAUGUUGUAUUCUUUAAGAUAUAAAAAGAAAAGAAAAAGGGGGCGAAAUAUGAUAUUGUAAAUAAACAGAGACAUUUGAUGUUACUAUUCAAGCAACAUGCUCAUGUCUCGACGCAUUUGAAUGAAGUUGAGUUGUGAUCCAUUAGAAUAUCAAUUUUCUCCUAUGCUACUUGCCUUAGGCCUUCCCUAUGAACAGCUCAUUGAUAAGAUGGGUUUGCUUUCAGCUGUUCUGAAAGAUGAGCAAAAGAGAUAAAAGUGAUGAGACAAAUGCAAGUUAUGUUGAUAGAAAUCUACCAAAAUCUGUGUAGAUUCUGUUCCCCACUAACCCUUUCUUUAUGCAAUCUCUCUACUUUUGAUUGACA